GAGUCUGCCAAUGCCGAGAGCGCGGAGGCGGGAUAAAAGGGCGCGCAGAAGGUAGGCUGGCGGGUGCGUUCGUCGGCUCACUCCUUUCUGCCUGUUGACGCGCCCGGGGAAGCAUCGCUGAAGGCUCUCGUUGCCCUGCCGCCAUGUCCAAGUCCGAGUCUCCCAAAGAGCCCGAACAGCUGCGGAAGCUCUUCAUUGGAGGGCUGAGCUUCGAAACGACCGACGAGAGCCUGAGGAGCCAUUUUGAGCAAUGGGGAACACUCACGGACUGCGUGUUUGAGCAGUAUGGAAAGAUCGAAGUGAUUGAGAUCAUGACUGACAGAGGCAGUGGAAAAAAGAGAGGGUUUGCUUUUGUCACUUUUGAUGACCACGACUCGGUGGACAAGAUUGUUAUUCAGAAAUACCAUACUGUGAACGGCCACAACUGUGAAGUCAGAAAAGCCCUGUCAAAGCAGGAGAUGGCUAGUGCUUCAUCCAGCCAAAGAGGUCGAAGUGGUUCCGGAAACUUUGGUGGUGGCCGUGGAGGCGGUUUUGGUGGCAAUGACAAUUUUGGUCGAGGGGGGAACUUCAGUGGUCGUGGUGGCUUCGGUGGCAGCCGUGGUGGUGGUGGAUAUGGUGGCAGUGGGGAUGGCUAUAAUGGAUUUGGUAAUGAUGGUGGUUAUGGAGGAGGCGGCCCUGGUUACUCUGGAGGAAGCAGAGGCUAUGGAAGUGGUGGACAGGGUUAUGGAAACCAGGGCAGUGGCUAUGGCGGGAGUGGCAGCUAUGACAGCUAUAACAACGGAGGAGGCGGAGGCGGCUUUGGCGGUGGUAGUGGAAGCAAUUUUGGAGGUGGUGGAAGCUACAAUGAUUUUGGCAAUUAUAACAAUCAGUCUUCAAAUUUUGGACCAAUGAAGGGAGGAAAC